AUGUCAUUUACAACUAAAGAUAAAAGUGAUGAUAGCAGCAUAAUAACCACCAAUUAUGCAGAUAACCCUAAUCUAUCACCCAUUGAACAGAAAAUACUACAACAAUAUCAACUUAUGAAUAAUAAUCUUAUCAAAGUAUCAAAUGAAUUGGAACUACUAACUAAUACAACUGAUGAGUUUGGUAAAGGUAAAGGUUCAAGCAUACACUUAGUUGAGAAUUUAAGACAACUAGAGACAAAAUUGGUGUUUGUAUAUACAUUCUUCAAAGGAGCAGUCUAUUCUAUAUUGAAUGCCCAAGAUUAUAUUGCAGAACAAGAAACAAAUGGAUUAGAAGAAACUAAUGAAGAGGAAGAUGGUAAUGAAGAGGAUGAGAGUGGGAAUGUAGAACUACUGGGAGUUUCAGCUGACGAGAAUUGA